GACUACACUUCUUCUGUGGAUGCUGAGGUCACAGUUUUUCAUGCCUGUUGCCUGUGAUGGAUGUGAGCUCAACUGAAGGAUUUGGCGUGGCAGAGAAGAUUACACUGCUCACUUUUAUUUCAGCAGUUAUUCUUAUGGCUAUCCUGGGGAAUCUACUGGUGAUGGUUGCUGUAUGCAGGGACAGGCAACUGAGGAGAAUCAAGACCAAUUAUUUCAUAGUCUCGCUCGCCUUUGCUGACUUGCUAGUAUCUGUUUUGGUGAUGCCAUUUGGAGCGAUUGAACUGGUUCAAGAUAACUGGAUUUAUGGAAGGAUGUUCUGUUUGGUUCGUACUUCUCUUGAUGUCCUUCUCACUACUGCAUCAAUUCUUCAUCUGUGCUGUAUCUCAUUAGACAGGUACUAUGCCAUCUGCUGCCAGCCAUUGGUUUACAGGAAUAAGAUGACUCCACUACGCAUUGCUCUAUUGCUGAGUGGCUGCUGGGUAAUCCCAAUGUUUAUUUCUUUUCUUCCUAUAAUGCAAGGCUGGAAUAGCAUUGGCAUCAUGGAGUUGGUAGAGAAAAGGCAGUUCAACAAUGCAUCCAACUCAACUUACUGCAUAUUCAUGGUGAACAAGCCGUAUGCCAUCACCUGCUCAGUCGUAGCCUUCUACAUUCCAUUUCUGCUAAUGGUUCUAGCUUACUAUCGAAUAUACAUUACAGCAAGGGAGCAUGCUCAUCAGAUACGAAUCUUACAGCGUGCAGGGGCACCAACAGAUGGGCGACCCCAACACCCAGAUCAGCAUAGCACACACCGUAUGAAGACGGAGACUAAAGCUGCAAAGACCCUCUGUAUCAUCAUGGGAUGUUUCUGCUUGUGCUGGGCACCUUUCUUUAUCACAAACAUAAUAGAUCCUUUCAUACAUUAUGCAGUUCCUGAACAGAUAUGGACCGCUUUCUUGUGGCUGGGAUACAUCAAUUCAGGACUGAAUCCCUUCCUUUAUGCAUUCUUGAACAAGUCUUUCAGACGUGCCUUCCUUAUCAUCUUGUGUUGUGGUGAUGAACGAUAUCGAAGACCUUCCAUCUUGGAACAAACAGUACCUUGUUCUACCACUACUAUCAAUGGAUCAACUCAUGUACUGAGGUACACAGUCUUGUACAAUGGUCAUCACCUGGAACCUGACAAGCUUCUUAUCCACAAUGAUCCAGAAUCCCAAGAGUCCUGCUUCUAA